UCCUGCCGAGGGUCCCUGAGCGAGCUGCAAGGAUCGUGCUCUGGGGAAAGGCUCAGGGAAUUGCAAGAGGCUUGCUUCCUUUGGAAAUCAGGAGGUGAGAAAAGGAAAGGUUCCUGCAAGUUACCUGGGAGCUGAUCAAGACUUCAAGCUAAAGAUGGUGAUGAUGAGUCGCCUGAGGGUCAUUCUUCAAGCCUCUCCAUGCAAGGCACGGUGGAGAAGGUUCCAGAUUCCGAGGUCCAUGCUAGCCAGGCCCUGCAGCCUCUACACCUGCACUUACAAAACCCGGAACCGAGCCUUGCACCCUCUCUGGGAGAGCGUGGACCUGGUCCCGGCGGGUGAGCGCCAGUCGCCCAUCAACAUCCGGUGGAGGGACAGUGUCUACGAUCCUGGCUUAAAACCGCUCACCAUCUCUUACGACCCGACCACCUGCCUCUGCGCCUGGAAUAACGGGUACUCUUUCCUCGUGGAAUUUGAAGACUCUGCAGAUAACUCAGUGAUCAAGGGAGGACCCCUGGAACACAACUACCGAUUAAAGCAGUUCCAUUUUCACUGGGGGGCUGUUGAUGCCUGGGGCUCCGAGCAUACUGUGGACAGCAAAUGUUACCCAGCAGAGCUGCACUUGGUGCAUUGGAAUGCAGUCAAAUUCGAAAACUUUGAGGAUGCAGCACUGGAAGAAAAUGGUUUGGCUGUGAUAGGAGUAUUUUUAAAGCUAGGCAAACAUCAUAAAGAGCUACAGAAAUUGGUGGAUAUUUUGCCAUCAAUUAAGCACAAGGACAUGCUUGUGGAAUUUGGGUCAUUCGACCCUUCCUGUCUGAUGCCCACCUGCCCAGAUUACUGGACCUACUCAGGGUCCCUGACUACCCCGCCACUCUCCGAGUCUGUCACUUGGAUCAUUAAGAAGCAGCCCAUAGAGGUUGAUCAUGAUCAGCUUGAGCAAUUUCGGACCCUGCUCUUCACUUCUGAGGGGGAGAAAGAGAAAAGAAUGGUGGACAACUUCCGCCCCCUUCAGCCCCUAAUGAACCGCACUGUCCGCUCAUCCUUCCCUCACGACUAUGUGCUGAACAUACAAGCAAAACCCAAGUCGUCUACCACCCAAGUGACCCCCUUAGACACCAUUAUCUAGGUGGUAUCUUGCUUAAAUAUAUACUAGUUCUUUAAAAAUUGCUAACUAGACUCUUCUAAAUGUCUGCAUUUAAUAAUUAUGGAUGUGCCUUUCUUGGUAUGGCAGCGCUCCUUAGUCUUUGAGGGAAGCUCUUUGGUAAACAAAUUCUUACUUUUAUUGAUAAUGAUGUUUAUCACUGAAGUACCAUCAAGAGACACAAAUUUCUCUUAUAGCAACCUGCUGGUAAUUGUAAUGUCUUUUUAUGUGUGACAUUUUUGAGCUGUCUUUUUAUUGAUAUGUUUAUCAAUUGGUGGUUCUACAAAGUUAUAAGUAGGGAUGAUAAUCAAAAUAUUUAACAACUGGUAAGGCACAGACACUGACCAUCCAGAAUGCAGGCUUUUCAGAAACAGACACAGGACCCAGAUUGGUACUUCUUGGCUGAACAUUGGCUAUGAUUUUAGGUAUAUUUUGUUUUAAAACAUGAAUAUGUAUUCUUUUAUAAGACCUUCUCAAUGGGUAUAUUUGCUUCAAUUUUCACUUGUCAUUACUAGUACAGGAUAUGAUUACUUACUAUCAAUUUAUAAUAUAGAAAAAAUAUUUUGUGAGCUUCCUUGGCGGCGCAGUGGUUAAGAAUCCACCUGCCGAGGCAGGGGACACGGGUUCGAGCCCUGGUCCGGGAAGAUCCCACAUGCUGAGGAGCAACUAAGCCCGUGUGCCACAACUACUGAGCCUGCACUCUAGAGCCCGUGAGCGACAGCUACCGAGCCCGCGUGCCACAACUACUGAAGCCCGCCCGCCUAGAGCCCGUGCUCCGCAACAAGAGAAGACACCACAAUGAGAAGCCCGCGCAUCGCAACGAAGAGUGGCCCCCCCGCUCGCCACAACUAGAGAAAACCCGCGCACAGCAACCCAACGCAGCCAAGAAUAAAUAAAAAUAAAUUUAUUUAAAAAAAAAGAAAAAAUAUUUUGUAAUCCUAAAAACACAAGGGUUUACUCAUAUCCGGAAAUCCUUUUGCAUUUCUGAAAGUCAGAUGUUUUACUUAAAGGCUUGAUCAUAUAGAAAGCAUAUGCAGAAUAUUUUAAAGAAAAAGCUUUAAGUGCCUAGAACUUAAAAUUCUUUCAUGAUCCAUUUACAGAAAUACUUUUCAAAAGGCUAGUAAUAUAAUAGUCUAUGGUUUAUAGUAUUAUUUUGAAUUGUUUGUACAUUGUUUCAUAGAAUACAAUGAUAUUUUCCACAAUGACAGAACUAUCUUGACUUCCCUUUAAAACUAUCUGAACUUUAUUUUAUUUCUUUAGUUGAGGUUCUGUGCAAGGCAGGUGAUCAACAUAAAUCUCCUAAUUUAUACAGUGGUUUAGAAGACUUUUGCAGGGACUUCCCUUGUGGUCUAGUGGGUAAGACUCCAUGCUCCCAAUGCAGGGCACCCGGGUUUGAUCCCUGCUCAGGGAACUAGAUCCCACAUGCAUGCCGCAACUAAGAGUUCGCAUGCCGCAAC